AUGGAGCAGGUGUGGCAGCUCCUGUUUACAAAUGAGUUGUGCAUCUUUCCUAGCCAACAUCCGAUGUUAGUCACGAAACCACCUCUGAACCUGAAGGGGAACCGUGAAUGGAUAGCAGAACCUAUCGUUGCUUUCAACACACCGAAUUUGUAUGCUGAAAUUCAAAAUGUGCUUUCAUUGAGCGCAUCCGGAAGAAUGACGGAAAAUGUAAUCGAUUUCGGCGAUGGUAUCACUCAUACUGUGUCCACUUAUGAGCAGACCAGUUCGACAACAUCCGUCUUCCGCGGCGGCUCCGACCAUGUGGUUUUCAAGAGUGGUGACAGCGAUGACAUGGAAGUGAGUGUAUGUGAUUAA